AUGCGGGAACUUACUUUACACGAACUCAUAGCCACGGCAUGUGUAAUGAUGGUAGUCUCUAUUCUCGCUAUUAUCUUGCGUUUCGUUCUACAGUGGGUACGAAGAGACCGGAUCCAUCGUGAGGAUGCUCUUGUAGCCUUUGCUUUUACGGUUUUUCUUGUUCUUGCCAUUCUUUCUCUCGUUUUGGCACCAAUCGCCUAUCAUAUUGUAGACAUGCAACAUGAUAUGAUUCGGCAGUAUGAUGGGAUAUCUGCGGACGAGGUAUUCCAAUUGAGAACCACGUUUGUGUGUUCCCUGCUUUUUCCCACGGUUCUUUGGUCGGUAAAAUUGUCCCUGAUGUCGAUCUCGCAUCGGAUCGUUGAUAAGCAGCCGGAAAAUGUGAGACGCUGCUGGUGGGCUCUGCUCGGGUUUGUGAUUGUGACAUUUAUUGGAUGUCUGGUUGUCAGUUUCACUCGCUGCUCCAAUUUUACCGACUCUUUUGACCCAUCAUCCUGCAAAACCACCCGAGACAUAAACGCACAACUGGCCAGUUUCUAUUUUGUCGUUGUUGUUGAUAUAAUCACCGAUAUACUAAUUAUGAUAUUCCCCAUCAUAGUCCUCCGAAAGGUUCAAAUAAAACGAUCUCUAUACCUCCGUACCAGUGUGAUUUUCUCCGUCGGAACACUCUGCAUUGUCACAGCACUCUGUCGAGGCAUCACACUUGGUGUCGGUAUGGGCUUGGACAUGCCUACAUUUCCAUGGCUUGCAUUUUGGGGUUUGGUUGAGGGCGGAAUAGGU